UAAAGUCUCCAGGUGUGAAGGUGUGAAGGUGGCCCUUUGUUCCCGGGCUUCAGACACGUCUGCUUUGACUGGACGCAGCAAACAAUGAAGUCCUAACGAGGCGCCACACGGGAAGGCAGGACGCGGGUUACGUUGUGGUCUUUCUGCAUUGCUGCAACAUUUAAGACCUUUCCCCGCCUGCCGCAGUCUGCAGAAUUUUUUAUUUUAUUUUGGGUGCUGGAGUGGAAUAUAUAAUUCAAAGCUGCCUGGGGACCGAAGUUGGACGGGCCAAUUAAACGCGUCCCCGGAAACAUGGCCUGAAGACGACCUUGUGAGCGGGGGCCCGGAAUAGGAAACAAACUCACUCGCCGGACACUUCAUUAGUGAGUCAAGACUGUUGCGUUGCCAUGACGAGCGAGGAAGAGGAGGAGGGCCCCGGCGCUGAGGCAUCAUCGGCGCGGUCGGCGGCGACCAUGGCCCGGGCGGCGGCGGCAACCAUUGCCGGUGGCGACGGCGGCGACGGUGUCAUCACCCGACCCUCCUCCCCCCGCGGGCGCUCCACCUACCACCUCCCUGGCCCCGAGGAGGAGGAGGAGGAGGCCGAUGACGAGGAAGACGACGACGGCGGCAGCAGCGCCGCCAGCGUUCUGGUGGUGCCGCACCCCGAGCUGGUCCCUGUGGUCUUCUUCUGCCUCAAGCAGACCACAUGUCCUCGCAGUUUGUGCAUCCGCAUGGUCUCCAGUCCUUGGUUCGAGCGUGUGAGCAUGAUGGUGAUCUUGCUGAACUGUGUCACGUUGGGAAUGUACCAACCCUGCGAGAACAUCGACUGCUCCUCCGAUCGAUGUCAAAUACUGCAGGCCUUCGACGCCUUCAUCUACAUUUUCUUCGCCAUGGAGAUGGUCAUCAAGAUGGUGGCGCUGGGGAUCUUCGGCCGCCGCAGUUACCUGGGCGACACGUGGAACCGGCUGGACUUCUUCAUCGUCAUGGCAGGGAUGGUGGAAUACUCUCUGGACCUGCAGAACCUCAACUUCACAGCCAUCAGGACGGUCCGCGUCCUGCGACCGCUCAAAGCCAUCAACAGAGUGCCCAGCAUGCGCAUCCUGGUCAACCUGCUCCUGGACACGCUGCCCAUGCUGGGCAACGUCCUGCUGCUCUGCUUCUUCGUCUUCUUCAUCUUCGGCAUCAUCGGCGUGCAGCUGUGGGCGGGGCUUCUGAGGAACCGCUGCUACCCCGAGGAGAACUUCACACUCACGUACGGCAUCAGCCUGCCGCGUCCUUACUACAUGGCGAGCGAGGACGACGAGCGGCCCUUCAUCUGCUCGCUGCCCGUGGACAACGGCAUCAUGUCGUGUCUGGACGUGCCGGCGCGCCGCGAGGGAGGCCGCACGUGCUGCCUGGACAAGGACGACGUGCUCUACCGCCAGUCGCUGGGUCUCAGCGUGGAGCCGCCCGCCAACGGCAGCGUGGGCGCGUCGGGCCUCUGCGUCAACUGGAACCGGUACUACACCAGGUGUCACACCGGCUCCAGCAACCCGCACAAGGGCGCCAUCAACUUCGACAACAUCGCCUACGCCUGGAUCGUCAUCUUCCAGGUGAUCACCUUGGAAGGCUGGGUGGAGAUCAUGUACUACGUCAUGGACGCACACUCCUUCUACAACUUCAUCUACUUCAUCCUGCUCAUCAUCGUGGGCUCCUUCUUCAUGAUCAACCUGUGCCUGGUGGUCAUCGCCACGCAGUUCUCCGAGACCAAGCAGCGGGAGCACCAGCUGAUGCAGGAGCAGCGGGCGCGCUGCUCGUCCUCCUCCACGCUCGCCAGCGAGCCCGGCGACUGCUACGAGGCACUCUUCCAGCUCAUCUGCCACAUGAUCCGCAAGGCCCGCAGGCAGACCGUCACCCUCCUCAACGCCGUGCGCGGGAAACCCCGCGGCUUCGGAGGCGUGGGCAGAGGCAGGAGAGGCGACGGCAGGGAGCGCAACGCCAACGGGAGAGGAGGGCGGGAGCGACGAGACGCCUUCCGACCAGGUCCACCCUGCCCACACCGCCACAGAGCCCACCACGCCCCCUCAGGUGAGCCCACGGCGCUCACCACCGCCUGCCCCCAAUGCGACGGGGUGGUGGCGGCCAAGGAGGAGGCGGAGGAGGGCGCGGUGGAGGAGGCGGACACGAGGCUGUGGUACGAAGUGAGGAUGAAGCUGUGGGCCAUCGUGGAGAGCAAGUACUUCAACAGAGGCAUCAUGAUCGCCAUCCUGAUCAACACCAUCAGUAUGGGCAUCGAACAUCACCAGCAGCCCGAGGAGCUGACCAACGUUCUGGAGAUCUGCAACAUUGUCUUCACCAGCAUGUUCUCUCUGGAGAUGAUCCUCAAGCUCACCGCCUUCGGCUCCUUCAACUACCUGAGGAACCCUUACAACGUCUUCGACGGCGUCAUCGUCAUCAUCAGCGUCUGCGAGAUCGUGGGUCAGUCCGACGGCGGCCUGUCGGUGCUGAGAACCUUUCGGCUGCUGCGUGUGCUCAAGCUGGUCAGGUUCAUGCCGGCCCUGAGGAGACAGCUGGUGGUCCUGAUGAAGACCAUGGACAAUGUGGCCACCUUCUGCAUGCUGCUCAUGCUCUUCAUCUUCAUCUUCAGCAUUUUGGGGAUGCACAUCUUUGGCUGCAAGUUCAGUCUGAAGACGGAGACGGGAGACACGGUCCCAGACAGGAAGAACUUUGACUCGCUGCUGUGGGCCAUCGUCACCGUCUUCCAGAUCCUGACCCAGGAGGACUGGAACGCCGUCCUGUACAACGGCAUGGCGGCCACCUCGCCCCUGGCCGCGCUCUACUUCGUGGCCCUGAUGACCUUCGGGAACUACGUCCUCUUCAACCUGCUGGUGGCCAUCUUGGUGGAGGGUUUCCAGGCGGAGGGCGACGCCACCCACUCCUACUCGGACGACGACCGCUCCUCUUCCAACUUUGACGAGAGCGAGAAGCACGAUUCCAUAAAACUGUCCGACCCCAGGAUCUGUAGCUUGACGCCCAACGGUCACCUGGAGCUGGGGUCCAGGGGGUCGCGCUCCUCAGAGAGGCGGAGCUUCACCGGCGAGUCCCGGAAGAGCAGCGUGAUGAGCAAAGGUAGCCUGGAGAGACGCUCCCUCUCUCUGCGUCACGCUCGCAGUUCCACCUACCACAACUGGGGGCGCCCUGUGCGGCCGCAGGGAGCGUGGACUCGCAGGUCCAGUUCCAACAGUCUGGGUCAGAGAAACCACGGUCACGGCGGGGCCCCCCAGGUGGGCGGCAGCCUCCGCGUGCACAGCACCCGCACCCCCUACCCCCACCCCCCCGCUCCCGAGCAGGAGUCCCUUCUCUCCAGGCCCCCGCACCACCCUCCGCCCCCGCCCGGCUUCCUCCUGUCCAGACACUUGGCCGCCGGAAGGGACCGCCGGGCGUUGUCCUUGGAGCUCUCCGAGCUGCCCCAGGCGGACGGCCUGCCCCUCGUCAACACCGACAACGGGAAGCGGUCCGGAGCGGGCGGCUCCGUCACGGAGGGUUCCGGAAGCGGUUUCGGGACGGACCACCGGGACUGCAACGGCAAGACGCCGGGUCACCACAGCCUCUUGAUGUUGGACGUUUACCCCCAAGUCAACGCGCGGAAAGAACGGGCCGACCUGGACGAGGAGACCGACUAUAAUGUUUGUUUCCGGGUGCAGAAAAUGUUCGAGGUGUACAAACCCGACUGGUGUGACAGCAGAGAGGACUGGUCCGUCUACUUCUUCUCCCCUCAAAACAAGUUCCGGCUGCUGUGUCAGUCCAUCAUCGCUCACAAGCUCUUUGACUACGUGGUCUUGGUCUUCAUCUUCCUCAACUGCAUCACGGUGGCUCUGGAGAGGCCCAGGAUCCUUCAGGGCAGCCUGGAAAGGCUCUUCCUCACUCUCUCCAACUACAUCUUCACCGCCAUCUUUGUCGCCGAGAUGACUGUCAAGGUGGUGUCCAUGGGCCUCUACCUGGGAGAGAAAGCCUACCUGAGGAGCAGCUGGAACAUUCUGGACGGCUUCCUGGUCUUUGUGUCGCUCAUCGACAUCGUGGUGUCCAUGGCGGGCGGCGCCAAGAUCCUGGGCGUCCUGCGCGUCCUCCGGCUGCUGCGGACGCUGCGUCCCCUCCGGGUCAUCAGCAGGGCCCCCGGCCUCAAGCUGGUGGUGGAGACCCUCAUCACCUCCCUCAAGCCCAUCGGCAACAUCGUCCUCAUCUGCUGCGCCUUCUUCAUCAUCUUCGGCAUUCUGGGAGUUCAGCUGUUCAAAGGCAAGUUCUACUACUGCGUGGGCGUCGACGUGAAAAACAUCACCAACAAGUCCGACUGCCUGGCUGCCAACUACCGAUGGGUUCAUCACAAAUACAACUUUGACAACCUCGGACAGGCUCUGAUGUCCUUGUUUGUGCUGGCCUCCAAAGACGGAUGGGUCAACAUCAUGUACCACGGACUGGAUGCGGUGGGGAUAGACCAGCAGCCGGCGACCAACACCAGCCCGUGGAUGCUGCUCUACUUCAUCUCCUUCCUGCUCAUCGUCAGCUUCUUCGUGCUCAACAUGUUCGUGGGCGUGGUGGUGGAGAACUUCCACAAGUGUCGGCAACACCAGGAGGUGGAGGAGGCGCGGCGGCGCGAGGAGAAGCGCCAGCGCCGCAUGGAGAAGAAGAGGAGGAAGGCCCAGAAGCUUCCCUACUAUGCAUCGUACGGCCCAGCCCGCCUGGCCAUCCACACGCUGUGCACCAGCCACUACCUGGACCUGGUCAUCACCUUCAUCAUCUGCAUCAACGUCAUCACCAUGUCCCUGGAGCACUACAGCCAGCCGCAGUCUCUGGAAACGGCGCUGAAGUACUGCAACUACUUCUUCACCUCCACCUUUGUCAUCGAAGCCACGCUCAAGCUGGUGGCCUUCGGGUUCCGGCGUUUCUUCAAAGACAGGUGGAACCAGUUGGACCUGGCCAUUGUGCUGCUGUCAGUGAUGGGCAUCACGCUGGAGGAGAUUGAGAUCAAUGCCUCCCUGCCCAUCAACCCCACCAUCAUCAGGAUCAUGAGGGUGCUCCGGAUAGCACGAGUUUUGAAGUUGCUGAAGAUGGCCACCGGGAUGAGAGCGCUGCUGGACACGGUGGUCCAGGCUCUUCCUCAGGUGGGGAAUCUGGGCCUGCUCUUCAUGUUGCUCUUCUUCAUCUACGCGGCUCUCGGCGUCGAGCUCUUUGGUGAGCUGGUGUGUAACCUGGACUAUCCCUGCGAGGGCAUGAGUCGCCACGCCACCUUCGAGAACUUCGGGAUGGCCUUCCUCACCCUCUUCCAGGUCUCCACGGGCGACAACUGGAAUGGCAUCAUGAAGGACACGUUACGGGAGUGCCCGCCAGGCCGCCCGCCAGGCCGCCCGGGCGGCGGCGGCGACUACGGCUGCCACCCGGGCCUGCAGUUCAUCUCGCCGCUGUACUUCGUGUCCUUCGUGCUGACGGCGCAGUUUGUCCUCAUCAACGUGGUGGUCGCCGUGCUGAUGAAGCACCUGGACGACUCCAACAAGGAGGCCCAGGAGGACGCCGAGAUGGACGCCGAGAUCGAGCUGGAGCUGGCCCAGGGGGGUCUCUGCUGCAUGAUGGGAGGUAUCGGGGCCAUCGCUGGGGCUGCCGCCGCCGCCAGCGUGGGCGGCGGAGCACCAGCCGCCGCUGCCACCAGUGCCAUGGCGGCAGGUUCCGUCGGCGGCCUGAGCUGCGCUUUGAUGGUGACACCAAAGGACGGCGGAGGAGGAUGCGGUGGUCCUCAGCACCGAUGUCGACUUUAUUCUCCUGCUCAGGAGAGCCAGUGGCUGGACAGCGUGUCUCUGCUCAUUAAGGACUCGGGGGAAGGCGACAUGAUCGACAACCUCUCGGGUUCCGUCUUCCAUCACUACUGCUCAGCUCCCGUCUGCCAGGACUGUGAGGGACACACGCAGGAGAUCCGGCUGGCGGAGGUGGAGCAGACGUCGCUGAUUUCGGAGCAACUGUCGGACCGGUCGUCAUCUACGGCGCUGCCUGAUGACCUCAGCCUGGACGAACAUGGGAGCUACCAGCUGCUGGUCGGAGGAAGUCAGAGGGGCAGCAGCGACUCCCAGAGUUCGGGGGAGUCGGCCACCGAGGGGCGCUACAGCGGGCGCCAUCACCUCGGGGGCGACGACGAGGAAGAGGCAGUCCGGGAGCUGUCCGAGGUGGGCGUCCAUCCUCGCUUGUGUCCUCUCUCAGUGGAAGGGCAAAGCCCGGCGCCUUGCAGAGAUGAGCGCGUAAGCCGCAGCCAAGGAGCUCGUUGGCCGUCGCCGCUCUUUCACCUGCCGGCCGACUUCUUCCACCCGGCCGCCGCGGCCCACCCGGGCGCUCCCGAGAGCCCGGGGGAGAGAUCGCCAUCCAGGCCGGAUCAGCUGUCCUCCUGGGCCUCCCUGCGCUCGCCCGGAGCCAACAGCGGGCCGCCACGCUCACGGUACACAUCCCACAGCCACCCGUCCUCGGCCGUAGGCGGUUCAGAAGACAGCCUGCAGUCGGCGCCGGAGGGAGUUCUCAGCGUCUUGCCGCCUCGGGAACUGGAUCUCCCCUGUCGACUCUCCAGCCCCCCCUCAAAUGUCAGUGCAGGCCAGCAGCUGGGCCGCCCGACAGGGAAGAAACGGGUCUCCCCGGUUCCCUUCCAGGCCACUCGGGGCCACCGGAGGAGCCAGAGCAGCUCCGGCGGCGGCACCUCUACCCCCAAGGACUCCAUGGACCCGUCUGACUGCGCCUCUGAGGCUCUGAACAGCCUCUCGCUGAACUCGCUGCUCACGCCGGCCUCUUUGGCGCCCCCGCUGGGGAAGAAAUGUAACAGCACAGGCUCGCUGGACCAACCUAAGGGGAGCAAAGAUGGAUGCCAUCUCCUUGAGGACGAUGCUCACGGGUACUGGACGGCGGGUAGGGCGGGAGACGGCGACGUCACAGACUUCAGCGGGGAAAACGGCAACCGGGAAAGAGGCACAAACUCCCGAAAGAACAGAUGAAACUCUUCUUGUGGAACUCCUGACUAGAGAGGGACUCUUCCGACUUGUUCUGUGACCCACCCAACUCGUCUUUGAACCGUCUGUUCCGUCACUCCCCUCCCGGGUUCCGGCUGCUCGGGAUGGGUUGUCAGUUCGCUGACUCUGGAAUGAUGGUAAUUGUCGUGGUUCAUGAGGCUUCCUGGAAGCGGCUUGAAAAACAGGGAGAGGAUUCGGGACUCUGAACCGGGGCGCCUGCAAAAAAAAAAAUAGCCAUGGUCAGUGUUGGUCACAUGGCACACUUUCUGCGGAAGAAGAAGCAGAACUCUACCUGUUUUUAUAUCCUUCUAGAUGGCUGAUAAGUAGCAUUGGACAAGAGACAGGAUGUUUCAAAGGUGAGCUAUUUUCUGGAAGUAGACUCAAAUGUUCUCUGAAGACGUUUCCAUCAAGCGGUCCAGUCUGGAUUAUUUUCAAAGUACCUACUAUGGAGUCAAAAGUAAGGGACUACAUUUAAAGAGCGCUGUUGGAAAACUCCUUCAAAUUCAACCCACCAAUGCAGCUUCCGAAUGCUAACGAGUGGGGACACUGAGCUGGCGUAUGCAACAAGGCUUUUCGGAAAGGUGUCACCCCUAUUAAACCAUCGAGAUUGAGUACCCCUUUUAGUGUAGCCCCUCAGUUGGAGCUAGGGAUGGGUACCGAAUUUGGCACUUUUUAUAGGUACUGACCAAAUUCCAUUGGUACUACCGGGUACCAAUUAGUGUAAAAUUAAACAGUACCAUAUUCCGGUACUUUUGUUGCAGAAAUCGACUCAACCACUUGGUUGUCAAAUAGACAAAAAGCGGGAAAACAGUGCUCAAAAGUAAGGAACGUUAAAACAACACGUCUGUCCCCAUUGAAAAAUCCCACCAAUGCAGCUAUUGAAUGCUAACAUGAAGCUAGCUACCUAGCUAAAGAGUGGGUACACUGAACCGUCCUAUGUAACAAGGAUUUCGGAAAGGUGACGCCCCCUUAGACCAUCUGGAUUGAGUCCCCCAUAGGGUGCAGGCCCUUAAUUGGAACUAGGUAUGGGUGCCGAAUUAGGUACUUUUUAUAGGUACCGACUGGCCAUUCAUGUAAAAUCAUCCAUCCAUUUUCCUCCGCUUAUCCGAGUUCGCGUACGCACUAGCCUAAGCAGGGAAGCCCAGACUUCCCUCUCCCCAGCCACUUCGUCCAGCUCCUCCCGGGGGAUCCUUAGGCGUUCCCAGGUCAGCCGGGAGACAUAGUCUUCCCAACGUGUCCUGGGUCUUCCCCUUGGCCCCCUGCCGGUCGGACGUGCCCCAGGAGUUCGGGUGGCAUCCUAACCAGAUGCCUGAAGCACCUCAUCUGGCUCCUCUCCAUGUGGAGGAGCGGCGGCUUUACUCUGACUUCCUCCCGGAUGGCAGAGCUUCUCACCCUAUCUCUAAGGGAGAGACCCGCCACCCGGCGGAGGAAACUCAGUUCGGCCGCUUGUACCUGUCAUCUUGUCCUUUCGGUCAUCGCCAUCAUCGGCGGUCACUCGAACGAGUAUGACGAUCCUCCUGGUAGGGCUGUAUCCCUUUAUGGAGGAUGCCUGUUUUGACUUAGUUUAAUGUGGGGAGACUGGUGCACAGACAGUCACCACACGAUCAUUGACGGAAUCAAGUCAGGGUCAGUAGUAUGGAGUCCAAGACGACUGGGGACCCUUUUCUGCUGCAGCCUUCUUCCGCCAUCGCAGCCGUUGUGGUAGUUCUUAAAAUCUACCGUCUUCCGCCUGAUCCGCCGUUGAGGUCUUCACCGUAUCCCUGGCUAGGGGGCAGUCAGGUACUAGCCUAAGCAGGGAAGCCCAGACUUCCCUCUCCCCAGCCACUUCGUCCAGCGCCUCCCGGGGGAUCCCUAGGCGUUCCCAGGUCAGUCGGGAGACAUAGUCUUCCCAACGUGUCCUGGGUCUUCCCCUU